AUGUCGUUUUUCACUUUUUUUCUGCGUAUUAGGACUUCCGAAUUUCUUCCGAAAUUCCGAAAAAAAGGUCGGAAGAAAAAAUCGGAAUGCCGAACUAUCGAAAAAUUAUUCGGAAUGAAAAGUCGGAAUGCCGAAAUUCCGAGAAUAAAAUCGGAAGUGAAAAUGGGACUUCCGAAAUUCCGAAAGGUCAAUUCCGACCAGCCCUGGUCUGAUCAUAGCAUUCGAAUCGAUCGUCGUAGCAAAGCAUACAUGGAUGAAAUACGUCGUGAUGUAGCAAAGUGGAGAAACCAAUGGGGAAACCGAGGAUUGUAUGGUUAG